GAAUUGUCUUGCAUCCACUCUUCACCAUUAUUGGAUACUCCUAUCACCCCCUAACUAUACUUCAAUCCAGCGUCAGUAUGGAGCCAAGUCCCUCUACAAGCCACGCCAAGCCGCAUGUCCCACAGGCAAAGCAACCGUGGUACAAACAACUCAGCUUUCAGAAAUCCAAAAAGGUCUUUUGGAGACACCUGCAAUUCGUCGGACCAGGAUUGGUGUCAAGUGUAGCCUAUAUCGACCCAGGUAACUGGGCGACGGAUCUCGAGGCCGGGGCCGAUUAUGGCUACAAGCUGCUCUUUGUAGUGCUUAUGGCUGGUCUCGCUGCUGUCGUGCUCCAGCUGUUAUCCGUCCGGCUGGGCACUACCACCGGUCUGUCCCUGCCCGCCCAAACACGUAUCCUGUUCUUGCGGCUCAAGGAGAGGUACCCCAAAUACCGUAUUCCCCUGACGAUAGGGUUGUGGUCGCUCUACCUUUUGGCCGAGCUUGCCAUCAUCGCGACCGACUUGGCAGAACUUCUCGGUAGUGCUAUCGCUUUGCACCUACUCUUCCCGAAACUACCGCUGUUUGCGGGCGUCAUCAUCACCGCCGUGGACGUCCUCGUAGUCUUGCUCUUUUUCAGAUCAUCAUCCGGGAGGCAGGGUAUGAUGUUUUUCGAAUUCGUCAUUGUAGCUCUUGUGCUGGCAGUGUUCAUUAGUUUCAUGAUCCUGCUCAAACUGAUCCAUCCCGUAUGGAAAGACGUCUUCUUCGGUCUUGUACCUUCCCACACCCUCGUCAAACCAGGCGCUCUCUACAUUGGAGUCGGUAUCAUCGGAGCCACUGUCAUGCCCCACGCCCUUUUCCUGGGUAGUUUCCUAGCCGGUGUCGACCGACUCAAUAUGGUGCCCACCCCUCCCACCAAAAAGGUCCUCAAAAACAUCCCCAUGCCCUCCCUCAAUCCCUUCCGCCGGAACCGGUCCCCCAGCCCGGCGGAUAGCGAGCUCGGCGCCGGUCCAUCUUGCCUCUCCCGGACAGCCCCCAACACCAACACCAACAUCCCCGAAGAGUCGCCCGAGCUGGGUACGGUGAAGGAUGUGGAUCUGGUGGUGGAGGAUAGUGGGAUGGGUAAGGAGGAUGAGGCGUUUGCGUUGGCGCAGAGGGAGUAUGAGCGAGAGGUGAGGAUGUUUGAUCGGAUCCGAUGGGUUGAUCUGCAUCUCUUCCAUGUGACUAUUGAUACGACGCUGUCGCUGUUGGGAUUCGCACUUACGAUCAAUUCGUCCAUCCUCACACUGGCCGGUGCGGCGUAUUACUACAAUACCGACUCUUCUGCCGAGAAUGCCGCCGACCUGUUUGGCGCUUUCGCAUUGAUAAAGUCGUAUAUCGGGAAUGCUGCUGCCAUCAUCUUUGCCCUCGCUCUUCUUUGUGUCAGUGCGGUCAUGGCAAAUAACGAAUGACGCUCACAAAAAAAUUGUAGGCGGGUCAAAGUGCGUCCAUUACAGCUACACUCGCGGGCCAAGUCGUCUCUGAAGGCUUUAUCAACUGGAAGACUUCUCCAUUCCUGCGCCGGCUGGUGACCCGGCUGAUAGGCGUCAUCCCCGCCGCCAUUGUCGCCGCUGCCGUCGGCGCGCAAGGUAUCAACACCAUGCUCGUCGCCUCCCAGGUCCUUCUCUCCAUCGUGCUGCCGACCGUCAUCUUUCCCCUCGUAUAUCUAUGCUCCAAAGCAGAUCUCAUGACGGUGCAAGGUCCCGAAGUGGAGGAUAUCGAGCUGAGGAGUGUGGAUACACCUGCUCUUGCUCCUAGCGCCGAGCAGGAGCCUGUGGAGAGUAGCGAAAGGACGGCCGUUGACGCGCCUACUGGGAAUGAUGUGGUGGAGCCAGUGUCGGAAGGGAGGAGGAGCAAGUCGUACGUGUCGCCAAAGUGGGUGACGGUCCUGGGCUAUGCGUUGUUUGGACUGGUGGUGUUGGCGAAUGGGUAUGUGAUUAUCGAGCUGUGUCUUGGUAAUGGAUGAGCAGACUCCACUGUUGUGUAUGCAAAAUUGUAAUCAUUGAAC